GGGGCUGUUCCCUGCUCGGGGGCGUCCGUCCGGCAUGUUCUAGUACAGCCCCGGUUGGCGUUGUGCAGGAAGAACUGCCGGGAGCUGCGGAGAGAGAAACGCAAGUUUCGAGAACCGCUGCCACAACUUCCCGAGCCAGGAGGUCCCCCCACGGCAGCCGCCGCCACAGACAAAAGAUCUAGGAGCCAGCCUCGCAAAAAUGGCGCUUCCCCUUUCCAGAGAGUUAGAAAGAACUACAGGCUCCGGGCCAUACUGGCCCCCAGCCCGUACAUCAUCGCCGCCCACCACUAACACCAUUACCGAUUCUAACUCUGUCGUCGCCGGGCAAGAGUAAGGAGGCUCUGGACAAGGACAGAAUUAGGCCUGCGUUGACUACUUGGUUGGAGGUGCAGCUUGUAUAGUUCCAAGUCGUCAGGAUGCCGAAACCCGGAAAGGAAGACGAAGAGAGAGGAGGAAGAGAGGUUUUCCGGCGUCUGUGCUCGGUGAAUACUCGACAGCCUUGUCAGGUCAUUUUUUGCAACCGCAGCCCCCGCUUGGUAAGCCCGGUCUGGCUGGACUUCGAUGGCAAACCGCGCCCCUAUCCGAGCCUGAAACCGCGCACGGGCCGCCGGAUGCACACCUAUCAAGAACAUCUUUGGUUGUUCAGAGAUGCUGGGACAGAUGAUAGUCUUCUUGUGAACCAAGCAGAGCUGUUUGUGGCUACCCGCAAUAUGAAUGGACAACCUGUAUUUGCAAAUAUUACAUUACCAGUGUUCACUCUGAAGGAAAGAUGUCUUCAAGUUGUCCGCACUUUAGUAAAACCAGUGGACUACAGGAGAUUAGACAUUGUUCAGUCAUUAUAUGAAGAUCUAGAAGAUCAUCCAGACAUUAGAAAAGAUCUUCAGCGGCUUUCUCUGGAAACGAGUGAUAGGCUAAGGAGUAGAGAUGAAGAGUCAUAAGUGGGAAAAUUACUUUCACUAAUAAAUUGCUAAGUAUAAGAGGCAUUAGCUGUGCUAUAUGAACAGAAAAGAUGUUAACAUUUCAUAGUGUUUUAGGAAGUAGCACUUGCUUUUGUUUAAGAUUUGUGACGUCAUUACAUGCGGACAGCCAAAGUCAUGGCACACUGAGACUAAGUAGUACCAUGCUACUGUUGAAAAUACUUGGCUAAAUCUUGUCUGGGCAAAACCUACACAUACUAUCUUUUACAUUAGACCAAAUGCAAACACUUGUCCAGAUAUCAUAUGAUAGAAGAUUAAAAUGUUGACAAAGCUGUUUCAUGUGACUUUCCACUUUUAAAAAAGACAGGUUUAUACUGGGUGUUUAGAAAACACCCUCUGUGUAUUGUCAUUGGAAGUUGGGCAGAUUUAAUUUAACUCUCAUACUGAAGGAUAAAUUAUCCUUAAACUGUAACUCAGCCUAUAUUCAUAUUUCAAAUAGAAUACAAGAGGUUAGAAUUCUAUGGCUUUACUUUUUCUUGUGCCAGUGGUUGCAGCUCAUUAUUUCAGAUUACAUGCCAAUAUGCUUCCAGUGUGCAAUAACUGCACUCUGCCAUAUAUUUGCCCCUUGUCUGUCUGUGUUGCUCUGGACAUUUUGCUGUAAUGGGAGCUGCUACUGUUCCCACUUCAGCUAAACCAAGAGCCUGUGGUGCAGGGAAAGUCUUUUGCUAGAUCAUACUUUUACACUCAAUCAAAUUUCACUAUUGCAGUGAGCGUGAAAAUGAUAUCCUGCUUCCUUUGAGGUUCCAGUAAAGAGCUCACCCCCAACAACUGCACCCUACCUUCUUAGAACUCUUGGCAAAAUGUUGAAGCAACAUUAUGAAGCUGACUGCUUUAGGACAUAUUUUUGUUUUGAUCUACAAAGAUGAUCAGUGGAACACUAAUUUGUUGGUUGUCAGGUGUCAAUCCAACAUCUUUACUUUAUGAUCUUACACAUUUCUUUCCACUUGAACAUGUAUCUUGACAGGACUACUGUGAAAUGAAAUUGUUAAAAACAUCAAGGUAUAUUGAAUUUGUUGUAAAUAGUUAUCUUUUGUAAAGUUACUAGUUAGUGAAGUAGGUAUGUACUAAUUUUUUUAGGAUACUUUGUAAAUUUAUUUUUAAAGUUAAGGCUUGAAGAAUUUCUGCACAUAUGAUAAAUCUGUAUUUUUUAUGUUACUGGUCAAAUAUAAGCACCCAUGGACCUUUCCCUUGGAGUUCUGCAGGUGAUGUUGCAUUCUAGCAAGGAACAACUGCUUGAAGGAAGAGGCAAGACACUGUUUAAAUGCUAUUUUUCAGUUUGGGCAGGAGAUUCCUGUCAGGACAGGGCUGCUAAAUAAUUUCAUUCCCAAAGUUUAAAAAUAGCAACAUAAAGCAGAAGAAAGUGUUUGUGAAAAUGAAGUCCAUGCAACCUAGAUUUCUCUACCUAAACAUUCAGUUCUGUGUCUGAACUCUUGGACGUGCCAGGGCAUAUUCUCUUGAUACUAUUCUAGAAUUCACCCUUGGGAGCAUUGUUACAUUUGUGUGGUUUGUGGUUUGUUUGUUUUUACCCCAGAUGAAUAUGCAGUGAAGAUCAGCUACACAGACCAAACUAUUUGAACUGCAAUUUUGAGGUUUUAAACAUUGUUUUUAAUAUAUAUUCAAUUAUUUCUCAACAUUCCAUACAAUGCAAUUUCAUGUAUUUUUUUUGAACUUCAAGGCAUUAAAGCAGUUUGUUUCUUAA